AUGUUCAAAUUUCUAGUUUUAUUCAUGUUUGUUGUAGUCAGUCUUACUAUAGCAUCUGGGACUGUUCCAACGUUCAAACUGAACGAUGGUCGUGAUAUGCCUGGCUUUGGUCUCGGCACGUCACUCGGGCUUAAAAAGGACAAUAAUAGAGAUCUAAAGAAGAACGAAAUUGAAAAUGCCGUUAAAUGGGCCAUCGACGCUGGUUACAAGCACAUUGAUACUGCUUUUGUCUACGAUACUGAGGAUAAGGUUGGCUCCGCAAUAAACAAAAAAGUGGCAGAGGGCGUUGUAAAAAGGGAGGAUCUGUUUGUAACUACAAAGUUGUGGAACGACGCCCAUGCACGCGAUGCAGUUGUGCCAACAUUACGGAAGUCACUCGAAAAUCUUAAUUUAGAUUACGUCGACCUUUACCUAAUACAUUGGCCAAUAGCGCAAUAUAGAAACGGUACGUUCUAUGAUGUUGAUUACUUGGAAACUUGGGAGGGAAUGAUCGAAGCUAAGAAACUGGGUCUUGCUAAGUCUAUCGGAGUUUCCAAUUUCAACCAGCAGAUGCUUGAGAGACUUAUCUCUAAGAGCUCUGUCAAGCCCGCCGUGUUGCAAGUGGAGAUAAACUUAAACGUGCAACAGCCAGAGUUAAGAGAAUACUGCCGCCAACAGAACAUCGUGGUGACCGCCUACACGCCUUUUGGUUCCAUCUUCCCCAACAAGGCUCGGUCAGAUGCACCUCCGCCACGUGUGGAUGACCCCACCCUUGUACAGAUCGCUAACAAAUACAACAAGACAGUGCCUCAAAUAGUCCUUAGAUAUCUGGUGGAACUGAACGUUAUACCAAUACCCAAAACGGUGACCAAGUCGAGGGUGGAACAGAACAUCGAUAUAUUCGAUUUUGAACUAACGCGCGAGGAAAAGGACCUCUUCAGGGGCUACGACAAAAAUUAUAGGACUAUCGAUUAUAAAGCGGCGAUAGAUUCACCUUAUUAUCCAUUUGAAAAGAAUUAA